AUGGAGGUGAGCGUCCUGUCGCUGCGGGACCUGGCGAGCGGCCGGCCGGGGCGGCGGGGCCGCGCCGAGGCGGCCCAGAAGGAAAACAUAUUUGAUCGAUCCAGGAUGGCUCCAAAAACUCCCAUUAAGAGUGAACCGGUUGAUUUAUCAAAGCAAAAAGGCUGCACCCCAGAAAGAAAUCCAAUUACACCUGUAAAGCUAAUUGACAGACCUCAGCCUGAUCCCUGGACCCCCACUGCUAACCUGAAGAUGCUUGUUAAUGCUGCUAGUCCUGAUAUGAGGGACAGGGAAAAGAAGAAAGAGCUCUUCAGACCCAUAGAAAACAGUGACCAGAGCGACACACCGGAUUCAUUACAGUAUGAUGUGGUAGAAGACAGCACGGUUGAUGAAUUUGAAAAGCAGAGGCCCAGCAGGAAACAGAAAAGCUUAGGCCUCUUGUGCCAAAAGUUCUUAGCUCGUUACCCAAGUUACCCAUUGUCAACAGAAAAGACUACUAUUUCCUUGGAUGAGGUGGCUUCCAUUCUUGGAGUUGAGCGGAGACGGAUUUACGACAUAGUGAACGUCCUGGAGUCCUUGCACCUGGUUAGCCGUGUGGCCAAGAACCAGUACUGCUGGCACGGCCGGCACAACCUCAGCCACACCCUGAAAACACUUCAGGAGGUAGGAGAGCUGCAGUAUGGGGAGCUAAUGGCCUUCUUCCAGCACAAGGAGCAGGACUUGGAGUACAAAUUUGGAGAACACAAAAAGGAGCCUGUUCCUGAUUCUCAAGACUGUCCCUUACUGGACUUCUCAGAACCAGACUGCACCUCUGCAUCUGCAAACAGCAGAAAGGACAAGUCCCUGCGGAUUAUGAGCCAGAAGUUUGUCAUGCUGUUCCUUGCCUCCAAGACCAAGAUAGUCACUCUGGACACUGCAGCAAAGAUUCUAAUAGAAGAGACCCAGGAUACAGUGGACCACAGCAAAUUUAAAACCAAGGUGCGCAGGCUGUACGACAUCGCCAACGUCCUCACCAGCCUGGCCCUGAUCACCAAGGUGCACGUCACGGAGGAGCGCGGCCGCAAGCCAGCCUUCAAGUGGAUUGGGCCCGUGGAGUUCCCUGCCCAGACUGAUGAGCCAAGAGGGCACAGCCCAUCCUCUGAUCCUCUGCCAGGGACACAGAGAGGAGCCUGUGGUAAUGGGCAGCACAAGUUUACACGUGGCGCUUCACUGAACUGCACACAGCCUUGUGGAGGGACCAGAAGGAAGGGCAGUUCUGAGCCCAGUAGCCCACAUCAAGAGAGGCCAGCCUGUGUUGUGAAUUCAGAUGAAUAUUGCUCCCAAAUGAUCAAUCCAGCAGCUGUCUGCAGGCAGGAAGUAGAGGAAGAUUUUAGGAAUAAAGCUUGUGCUACAGAAACAAAUCUAAAUUCAGCAAGGAACCCAAGCAUAGCCUCACCUCUCUCCCUUCUUCCAGUUCCUAUGGACUCUGAUUUUUGUGUCACCCCUUUGCCUCAGGCAGUUUUCCCCCUGGUGCAGGCAGAUGUGCCAAGCUUCUCGCUGCCAAAUGGCAUCAGCAGCCAAACUCUGCAUCCUUCCCCACCAGCAGUCACCAAAACAGAAAAUGAAAAGCCUGCCCUGCUCCCCAACCAACCCUUCCUGUGCUUCCCAUCUUCAUCCCUUUUAAUGUUGUAUGGCAGUCUUCAGGAAAACAACUUCAGGGAGACCACUGCGGGAGAUGCGGGAGGCAGGAGUGCCGUACCGCCAGCUGCCUGCCAGAAGCGCAGCUCCCACCAGUGCACAACACACUCUGCCCCUGGACAUGAUGAAGAGCCAGCUUCUAAAAAGCAAAACUUGGAAGAGAGUGAUGUGCCCCUCUCACUUGUAAUACCUAAGAAGCCUUCUGAGCCAGCUAAGGCAGCAACUACACCAGGAAGUGGCUGUGCCUCUGCUGAGCACCUAGAAGGUUUUCAUCUUGACCAUACAAGUCCUGUUGCACCAGAAGCUACAGACAAGGAGUCUAGCAGGCCUUUAGAUUCUCAAAAGCAAGAAAAAUGUUGUCAAAAUGAAGACCUUGGUGAACCCUCUCUAGGAAGAGAGCACAUCUCUAAGGAAAAUGGCAGUCAGCCUUUCCUACCACAGUAUCUUUAUGUUCAGCCUACUGCAGGAUUAAGCAAUUUUAACUUGCUGUUGUCUGCAAACCAAGCCCCUGGUGGUAUCAGCCUGGCUGCAAGCCCAUUGCCUUCUGUGGGUGUCCCCUGUGUCAUGGUGCCAUCGGCAGCUCUGGCUUCCUUCCCUCUCGUCUGCUCUCCUGCGCUCCCCAGUUCUCUUUCCCCGGCUCCCGAUGGCUCCUUCUCAGCUGCCAGCUCUGUCAAUUUCAGCGUGCCUGGCCUGGCCUCAACCACGCCUGUUCUCAUAGGCACCACCGCUGUGCUCACUCCCAAGGUGUCACCCACACCUUUGGUGGAUCCCCAGCAGCCAGCCCAGCCUGCUCUGCACCUGAGUCCUGUGCUGGCAAGAUCCUGCACUGCUGUGAAGCUGGACUCCCCUGUCUGUAUGGGGCACCCCGUCACCCUUCUGAAGCUGCAGCAGCCUUCGUCUGCUCCCCUCACUCCCAAGAGCAUUCGUCCCGCGUGCCACGAGGCGUUCUUCAAAACUCCCGGCAGCCUCGGAGACCCUGCCUCCUGCAAGAAGAACGAGGGCACCCAGCCCAGGAAUGCCAGCUCUGUGCAGAGGAGACUGGAAAUCUCUAGUACCACUGCUGACUGA